GUUUUGCUGUAUCCAAAGGAGGAGAAGUCGUUCCACGUCACCUGGAAAUUUCAAUCCGCUAUCCAAGAGAGCUUCUUGCAACUCAGGCUACAGUUACCCGGCCUCGCUCAACCUCCUCCUCUCCUUUUGCACCCAUAUGACAAGUCUUGCCGCAAGCUCAAUCCCAUACCUCCUCAACUCUGUCAAACCCCCAUCAUCAUAUCUAUCAGACUUCAAAGACCUAAACAACCAACCCCUUUUCCCUCCGAAGCUGAAGUUGUCAUCAAAGGAAAAGGCGCUGCUCCCUUGACGGCUAUUGCCACCAUGGCGCCGGCGGGUCUCUCGACUUUGCCCAACGAGCUGCUCUACAAGAUAUGCAAGAAUCUGUGUCCGCAUUGCGCCAAUCUCCCACGGUCUUUGCCCGAAGACGGCUACAAACUCGAAGAUGGAAGACAUGCGUUGUCUUGCCUCAGCAAGACGUGCCGGCAAUUGCGCGAAAUUGCACAGCCGAUACUAUAUCAUCAUGUGUAUACCAUCAGACACUGGCACUUUUUGCGCAGCAUCAUCGCGCGGCCGGACCUGGCUGCCAAUGUACGCGAAUUGCAGUAUCCCGGCGACUCUGAUAGCCCUUUUUCAGGGGAUCUCAACGCGGAUGCUGUUUUACGGGCUCAGGAAGAGCUACUAAAACACAUGGAAGGCAUCGACGGGACUGAUAUCAAUACCAUUAAUUGGGCAGACAUUCUGGACAUGAUAUUAGAACGACUCCCCAACGCGGAAGAAUUGAGCAUCAACAUAGGGAACACACAUAUAGAGGUGUUUCAUGCUGAUCUAGAGUCUAUCAGGCGUCUGCGUCUGUAUUCUCGCUCUAAAGAUCGUGAGCAUGGGGAUCAGAUGGGCAGCUUGCUAUCGGUGAUGCCAGACCUCGAAGAGUUGAACAUUUCAAUCGACUUUCGGCCAGAGGAAACAUAUAUGCUACCUUUUACUGAGCUCCGCUCCCUGGAUCUCGAGUUCAGCCGAUGGAGCGCGUCAGGUCUUACAACAAUGAUCAAUCAUUGCCCACAACUGGAACGCUUCAGAUGCUACGGAGUUUUAGGCCCUGGCGUCUAUGAGGACGACCUCGUGUGGUCCCUGGCGCAGCGUAUCCUACAGCCGCUGAAGAAAACAUUGAAGCAUGUCAACUUUUGUCGUGAUACAGAUUUCUACCCUGAAGAACCAUCUCUAUCCCAUUACUUUGGCAGUUUUCGCGAAUUGGAUGGGCUGGAGACACUAUGGAUGGAUAUCGGUUACAUCCUCCCGGACCGCAGCAGUCCCUACGAUCUUACAUGUCCAGCAAACACAGACGAGUUGGUUGCACUGCUGCCGGAAUCACUCAGGCUCGUAUACUUUUGCGGUAUCGAUGACUGGUGGCAUGGAAUAGAGAUGCUGGCGCAGGCGAUUGAGGGAGGCCAUUUCCCACGGCUCGAGACGGUGGUGGUGGAGCAGGAUGGAGCAACAUUGGAAGAGUCGCGCAGAGCUCUCGCAGCUGUGGGUGUUGCCUGCGAGAGCAUUACAUGUGGCACUGGAGAUGGCCGUCAUCUUUUCCCAGAGGGUGGCUUUUGGGAUGAUUGUUACUGGAAUUGA